UCGUUUCGGACUUGGAUGAUUUCAUCUACACUUCUGCAAAAGAGAAAAAGGAAACGAAAAAAGUGAGAAAAAUGAAAAAAAAAAAAAAAAAAGAGAGAAAAAGAAUUCACGGAAACAUUUCAAGAUCUUGUUUCCAGUUUUGAGCUCAGUCAAAAUUCUCCUCCGCCAUUAAUUUUCCUCCCACUUCUAUCGUUCCCCCUCAUUUGACUCUCACCCCUUUUCUUAUUCUUACACCCAACUCUUCAUCCAUUUAUCCAUUCCUUCUCCACUUUUUGCCACCCUGAAAUCGGUGCAAGAAGCCAUAAAGAUUCGAUUUUUAUUUUGUUUAAUCCAUUUCCAAGUUAUUUCAAAAUGAAGCAGGGAAUGGGGAAGGUAGCGGUGGGCGCCGCGGUGAUCGGAGCCGCUGCCGUGGUGGGAGUGGCGGCGCUGGUGGUGCGCCAGCGUAUGAAGAAUUCCAGCAGGUGGGCUCGGGCUAUGGCUAUUCUGAAGGAGUUUGAGGAGAAGUGUGCAACCCCUGAGGCCAAAUUGAGGCAGGUGGCUGAUGCCUUGACGGUGGAGAUGCAUGCUGGAUUGGCAUCUGAGGGUGGCAGCAAGCUCAAGAUGUUGAUCAGCUACGUUGAUAGUCUCCCAACAGGCAAUGAGGAAGGAGCCUUUUAUGCUCUAGAUCUUGGUGGUACAAACUUCCGUGUGCUCCGAGUCCAAUUAGGAGGCAAAACAGGCGGUAUUGUUCAUCAGGAAUUUGCUGAGGUUUCAAUUCCGCCUGCAUUAAUGAGUGGGACUUCAGAUGCACUUUUUGAUUAUAUUGUGGAAAACCUUGCUAGUUUCGUGGCUGAAGAAGAACAUAGAUUUCAGCAACCACCUGAUAGACAGAAAGAACUGGGUUUCACGUUCUCAUUCCCUGUGAUGCAAACUUCAUUAAAUACUGGAACUAUUAUUGGGUGGACGAAGGGCUUUUCUAUUAGUGAUGCCGUUGGCCAAGAUGUGGUAGCAGAACUGACAAAGGCCUUGAAAAGAAAGGGUGUUGAAAUGCGGGUGGCUGCUCUGGUUAAUGAUACAAUUGGAACAUUAGCUGGAGGAAGAUAUAGCAACAAAGACGUUUGUAUUGCCGUCAUAUUGGGUACUGGAACAAAUGCUGCAUACGUAGAACGUGCCCAAGCAAUCCCAAAGUGGCAUGGUCCUUUGCCUCAAAGCGGAGAAAUGGUUAUAAACAUGGAGUGGGGUAACUUUAGGUCAUCACAUCUUCCGCUUACAGAGUACGACCAGACAUUGGAUGUUGAAAGUUUAAACCCUGGUGACCAGAUAUUUGAGAAGUUGACAUCUGGAAUGUACUUGGGGGAAAUUCUUCGGAGAGUUUUACUUAAGAUGGCUCAAGAAGCUUCCUUGUUUGGUGACACAGUCCCACCCAAACUCAAAACUCCAUCCAUAUUGAGGACACCAGAUAUGUCAGCGAUGCACCAUGACCAAUCCUCUGAUCUGAGAGUGGUAGCCAGCACACUGAAGGAUGUAUUCGAGAUAUCAAAUACAUCUCUCAAGACAAGGAGAGUCGUGGUCGAGCUCUGCAACAUCAUCGCCACACGUGGGGCACGCCUUGCUGCUGCCGGCAUCUUUGGGGUAUUGAAGAAAAUGGGACGGGACACUUUGCGGGAAGGUGGUGGCAAGACGGCCAUAGCCAUGGACGGAGGACUCUACGAGCACUACACCAAAUACAGGGAGUGCUUGGAGAAAACGUUGCAGGAGUUGCUCGGAACGGAAACCGCAGCAACCAUUGUGGUCGAGCAUGCAAACGACGGUUCAGGCAUUGGUGCUGCUCUUCUUGCUGCCUCGAACUCACAUUACAGAGGGGACGAGGCAUCGUCGGGAGACAAACCGUCCCCCACGCCGGAGACAUUUACUUAAAAAUUGUGAUUUGUUUUCCGAUUUGCCUUAUAUAAAGCAUUAAUAAGUCGAAGAAUUCUAGUUUAGAUUCAUCAGUCCAAUUUUUUGGGAGAGUUGUAAGAUUCUUGUCCUAAAUACACAAGUAAAACGGGCUAUAAAAUUUUAUGUUCAACGUUGAAGCCUCACAUAAAUUCUCGUA